UUCCUGCUCCCGGCGUGGUUUUUUCUUGCUCUGCUGUAAACAUUUUGACUCUCGGCUGAGCAGACCGGAGAAUGAACCCUUGGCGAUUGCAGUUGUAACCUCAACACCUCCACCAAGUCGGAAAGAUGGACAAAAAGUCCUUCGAAACGGUGCUGGAUGAAAUUAGAAAGGCUGUUCUGACAGAGUACAAAUUAAAGGCAAUUGAGUAUGUGCACGGGUACUUCUCCAGUGAACAGGUGGUGGAUUUGCUGAGGUAUUUUUCUUGGGCUGAGCCUCAGCUGAAGGCAAUGAAAGCAUUACAGCAUAAAAUGGUGGCUGUUCAUCCACCAGAAGUCGUCAAUAUACUCAAUUGUUUCACCUUCAGUAAGGACAAGCUGGUUGCUCUGGAGCUGUUGGCUUCAAACAUCGUCGAUGCUCAAAACUCUCGUCCCAUUGAAGAUUUAUUCAGGAUAAACAUGUCUGAAAAGAAACGGUGCAAGAGAGUACUUGAACAGGCUUUUAAGGGGGGCUGCAAAGCCCCUCAUGCUAUGAUAUCCUCUUGUGGAACCAUCCCAGGAAAUCCUUAUCCCAAAGGCAGACCGAGCCGCAUAAAUGGUAUUUUCCCGGGAACCCCUUUGAAAAAAGAUGGUGAAGAGUGUACCAGUGAAGGCAAAGGAAUAGCUGCGUGGAUUCUCGGACCAUCCAAACCUCCUCCUUCAACAUACAAUCCACAUAAACCUGUUCCUUAUCCAAUACCCCCGUGCCGGCCACAUGCAACUAUUGCACCAAGUGCUUUUAACAAUGCAGGUCUGGUCCCAUUGGCCAAUGUCAUAGCUCCAGGAGUGCCCCCUCCACCUCCUUAUACUCCUAAUCCAGCAGGAACAGAAAAUGAAGACCUUUCCAGUCAGUCAAAACCUACACAGAAUCAGACGUUUUCCACUCCAGCGAAUCAGCUCUUCUCUCCUCAUGGUUCUAAUCCUUCCACACCUGCUGCAACUCCUGUCCCCACUGCAUCUCCCGUCAAGGCAGGCAGUCACACGGCAGCGUCGGCAGCAGCCAGCAUGUCUGCAAUGAACAUACCCAACACUGUCCUCCCCGUGUUCCCGGGACAGGUCUCCGCGGCUCUUCCUGCUCCUCAGCCAUCAACACCAAGCCCUGCAGUGAUCCGAACCCCCUCGCUGCCUCCUGCACCUGUUACUGCCAGCCACAGCACAGCGUCUGCUCCUGUUCCUUCUGUUUUUUCCAGCCUAGUGCCACUGCCAGGGUCUUCUGCUACCCCCACCCCAGCCCCACAAGCCACAUCUGCACCUCGGGCUACUCUUAAUUCCAGUGAAACUUUUACUUCCACGUCUGCUCCCUUCACUAGCCUCUCCUUUUCAGCCAGCUCCACUGCCACUUCUACCAGCAAUCCCAACCCUUCAUUGUCAUCAGUGUUUGCAGGUCUCCCUUUGCCUUUAACACCAACAUCGCAAGGUGUAUCCAACCCAACUCCCACCAUUGCUGGCGGUUCCGCUCCCAGUGGUGCUGGUCAGCUUGGUGUAAACAGUCCUCUCCUGUCUGCUUUAAAAGGCUUUUUGACAUCAAAUGACUCCAGCUUAAUGAACCCCUCUGCUUUAUCCUCUGCCGUGACAAGCGGGCUGGCUUCACUGUCUUCUCGUACUAAUGCCAGCUCUGGUGCUGCUGCCUCAGCCCCUAACAAGUGCUAUGCCCCCUCCGCCAUGCCUGCUCCCCAGAGGUCUUCUACUCCAGGGUUGGCCAUGUUCCCAAGCCUGUCGUCUCCUGCGGCUAACUCCACUUCAGCUCCCCCUACUUUGCCUGUCCAGUCUCCAUUGGCUACUCCUGCAUCUUCAGCAUCUGUCCCAGUGAGCUGCGGUUCCUCUGCCGCCCUUUUACAUGGUCCCCACUCAGGUCCUUCAGAACUGCACCUUCCAUCCACACCUGCUGUCACCGCAAUCCCAGUUAUGAUCAAAACUGAGCCCACGAGUCCUACUCCCUCGGCCUUCAAAGGCCCGUCUCAUCCCAUGAAUCCCACUCAUGGCACUUUAGGUUUGUCAGGCACCUUGGGCCGUGCAUACCCCUCGACAUCAGUGCCCAUCAGUCUGUCCUCUUGCCUUAACCCCACAUUAUCAGGGCUCUCCACUUUGAGUGCUCCUUUAAAUGGUUCCAACCCCCUCUCCUCCAUUUCUCUCCCACCACACGGUUCCUCUGCUCCUAUUGCUCCAGUGUUUACUGCUCUUCCACCGUUCACUUCUUUAACCAAUAAUUUUCCUUUAACUGGUAACCCAUCUCUUACCCCAUCAGCGUCUCUUCCUGGGUCACUAAUAGGCACCUCAUCGGCCCCUGCCCCCUCCGCCUCCGCCCCUCAUCCCAGCUCCACAGCAGCUGUGCUCUCGGGGCUUUCUGCUGCAGCACCAGCAUCGGCAGCUGCUUUCCCCCUCAACUUGUCCACUGCUGUCCCCUCACUCUUUUCAGUCACCCAAGGGCCUCUGUCAUCUUCAAACCCCUCCUACCCUGGCUUUUCUGUCUCUAGUGCCCCAAGUGUCACCCCAGCCCUCCCCUCGUUCCCUGGGCUGCAGGCACCCUCCACGGUUGCAGCUGUCACCCCAUUACCUGUUGCUGCCACUGCGCCAUCCCCAUCCCCUGUCCUCCCAGGAUUCGCUUCAGCGUUCAGUUCCAAUUUCAACUCUGCGCUCGUUGCACAAGCUGGUUUAUCAUCUGGACUUCAAGCUGCAGGCAGUUCUGUUUUCCCGGGCCUUCUGUCCCUCCCAGGAAUCCCUGGGUUUUCCCAGAAUCCUUCGCAGUCAUCCUUGCAAGAGUUACAGCACAAUGCUGCAGCACAGUCAGCAUUGCUACAGCAGGUGCACUCUGCCGCGGCCCUGGAGACCUAUCCCACUCAGCCCGAGGGCUUCCCGAGUUACCCGUCCACACCAGGAACGCCGUUUUCUUUACAAACAGGCCUGUCUCAAAGUGGGUGGCAGUGAAUAUGUUUUUGAUUUUUUUUUUCCUGCUUCUGUUCAGCAUCACAAUUGCCCCACAACUGCAGUGAAGAAUCUGAGAAAUGUGAAAUUGGCCACAAGUUAGAAAAUGACAAGGAUGCCAGUCCUGGCGAAAUUAGGACAAGAGUUUUCAAAUCCCAAAUGCAUUUUUAAAAAUGGCUUUAAGUAAGAACAUCUCCAUAUGUAAAUACGCUGACAAUGAUUCAACUGUAAGGGGAGUAAUACUUCAGAAGCAUUUGGGGACUGUACACCUCCCUUUAGGAAAUUUUUGAUUGUGUACGUGAUCUACAUAGAAAGACCGUUAAUGAGAAGAAUGAACUCUAAGCCGAAUUCAGCCUUAAAUCUGCUUGUAUAGCAGCUGCUGACAGAAGUAAUAGCCGUGCCUCAAGCUUUGGGGUUGCACAUGGCCCUCGGGGAGGUCCCACCCUUGGUAUGCCUGAGUGACUCCUGUUAGCAUCAGUGGGAACUCAGUACUCCUUCUGUAGCUUACAAAAGGAACUGGAGACCCACCAUUGUUUUUUAAUUUCUAGUGUUAAGAAUCAUAUAUACUGCUGAAUAUAACACAAUAUAUUUCAGGUAAGUGAAAACGGUGCUUAACGUGGAUGUUAGAAUGACUUUCAGGUGUUUUUGACUCAAAAUAUAGAGAGUAUUACUUUCUUACAGACGUACGAGGAAGGCUUAUGAUAAUUUGCCUUCAACUCGGUGUUCCCGUUAGCCGUCUCAGCAGUAUCCAAAUGACUGAGGGACACUGGACUGACUCCUGGGUCGCCUCUGUUACUCAUCUCACUUUGGAAGCUCUUGGUGAAUGUUUACAGUCAUGGGAUGUUGUAUUUCUAUUUGUACUUAAAAUCAAAUGCUUAUCUGAAAUAAUUAUGCGACAACAAAUGGAGAAGACUCGCUCUGUUAGUAAAUACAUAUGCAGUGUGUACUGUAUUUAAGGAUCUGUGGUAGUACAAUAUGAUUGAAUGUCAUUAACUUAAGAGUAAUAACUGCCACAUUAGGGGAGGGGGGAGAGACAGGAAGAAUAAAUUCCAAUUCAGUGAUUAAAGUGUAAACUAUAGGAUCUACUGUAGUACAUUUCAGCAUCUAGAAGUUCUACUUUUGUAAAGAUGGUGUCUAGAAGAUGUUGAAAAUGUAUUUUCCUUCAAUACGGGGAACAAACUUUUUAAGUAUAUUAAUAAAUAUUCCUGUAUGGUUAGUUUUUAACAGUUUUUAAAAAUAAACUUUAUGGAUAUGACAAAUAUUUUAUAAGUGUUUAAUGAAAUGCUUUUCAUAUGGGCCAGAGUUAAUAUAUUAAAUAUUUUUUGUCAAAAUUUACAAAGCUUAAUUUAAACCUGUUGUUCAGUCAUUUAAUAUCUUAUGCAAAAUUCACGUUCAGCACUUGAAAUGGACUGGUGUAUGCCUUUGAUUAUCGUCAGGCACGGAAUGUUCCCAAUGAGUAAUCUGAUAGCAGUAUUUAGAAGUUGUCAUUUUUUUUCCUCAAGUCUGUGCUCAUAAAACUU